UUAAUAAACUGCUGUUCAACCAAAAACUUAACGUGGCCUUUCUUGUAUAUAAACAUCACUUUUCAUUAGUUUCGAAAUAAUUUUUACAAUGAAUUUAUUUCUCAGUAGGUCGUUUCAAUCUGCUUUAGUUUUAUUCUUAUUUGUUCCCUAUAUCCAAUGUUUAUUUGUAAACGUAGAUGCUCAUGCAGAAGAAUGUUUUUAUGAUAAAGUUACUGCCGGUACGAAAAUGGGUUUGACUUUUGAAGUUGCAGAAGGUGGAUUCCUGGAUAUUGAUGUCAAAAUUGUAGGGCCAGAUGGUAAAAUAAUCUAUCAGGGUGAGAGAGAAUCAAAUGGGAAGUACACAUUUGCAGCCCAUGCAGAUGGUGUGUACACUUAUUGUUUCAGUAAUGCAAUGUCCACAAUGACACCCAAAAUCAUCAUGUUUUCUAUGGAUGUUGGUGAAGCACCUAAAGGACAAGACGCUGAAGCAGAAGCUCAUCAAAACAAGCUUGAAGAAAUGAUUAAGGAACUGUCUUCAUCUUUAACAUCAGUCAAACAUGAGCAAGAAUAUAUGGCUGUAAGAGAUAGAAUUCAUCGUGCAAUUAAUGAAAGCACCAAUUCCCGUGUGGUGAUGUGGGCCUUCUUCGAAGCAGUUGUGCUGAUUACUAUGACUUUGGGUCAAGUCUAUUACCUAAAGAGGUUUUUCGAAGUGCGGAGGGUGGUCUGAUCUGUUAAUUAAUAAUAGAUUUUUUUAUUCUUGGCACAAUAAAUUUUUGUAUAGUAAA